AUACUGUUAACCGCACAACCACAACCGUGGCUGCUGCUGCGCAUCUCCCCCAUCCCAACAGACAGAUAUUCCAUUCAAAAUUUGAACUCUCUAGUAUAAUACAAACUAAUAUAUGUUAUGCGGUAAGUAUUUAAAACUCCACAGUGCUGUUCAUCUUCUUCACAGAUCCAACAACGAUUCUCUCUCUCAGAUCUAAGCUCCUGGUUCAAUCUGGGUCAUUUUCCACUUAAUUAUCACAAUGUGUGCCAAAUUGAAGUUUAGGUCUCAAAUCUAACCUUCGAAGUGGGUCAGACCACUCUCAAUCGGCGACUGGACUGGUGUUCCACAGCCAUGGAUCUGGUUUCGUGAAAUUGAAGUCUCCUACUGACUGUUUGUUUCCCACGAAAAUUUUGCCUCUCUGAUGGAGUUUACCGAAUCUUUUAAGCAGACUGGUCCUUGUUGUUUCUCGCCCAAUUCUCGGUUUCUUGCCGUCGCCGUCGAUUAUCGCCUCGUGAUACGGGAUGUUCUGUCGCUCAAGGUUGUGCAGUUGUUCUCGUGUUUGGAUAAGAUAAGCUAUAUUGAGUGGGCACAAGAUUCUGAAUACAUACUCUGUGGUCUCUAUAAGAGACCAAUGAUACAGGCAUGGUCAUUGAAACAGCCUGAGUGGACGUGCAAGAUAGAUGAGGGUCCCGCUGGUAUUGCUUAUGCCAGGUGGAGCCCUGACAGCCGCCACAUACUUACAACGUCUGACUUCCAAUUGCGGCUAACAGUUUGGUCAUUGGUGAACACAGCUUGUAUACAUGUGCAAUGGCCAAAGCAUGCUUCUAAGGGGGUCUCUUUCACUCAAGAUGGGAAAUUCGCUGCAAUUUGCACAAGGCGUGAUUGCAAGGAUUAUGUUAAUCUUCUCUCUUGUCACACAUGGGAGAUAAUGGGUGUUUUUGCUGUUGACACAUUGGAUUUGGCUGAUAUUGAAUGGUCACCAGAUGAUAGUGCUAUAGUGAUUUGGGAUUCACCUCUUGAAUAUAAGGUUCUGAUUUACUCUCCAGAUGGGAGGUGCCUAUUCAAGUAUCAAGCAUAUGAAAGUGGACUUGGUGUAAAAAGUGUUUCAUGGUCUCCUUGUGGCCAAUUUCUGGCAGUGGGCAGUUAUGACCAGAUGUUACGGGUUUUAAAUCCCUUAACUUGGAAAGUAUUUGCUGAAUUCAUUCACCUAUCUACUGUUCGUGCUCCUUGUUGUGCUGCUGUCUUCACGGAGGUAGAUGAACCAUUGCAACUUGAUAUGUCUGAAUUAUGUUUGAGCGAUGAUUUUAUGCAAGGGAAUUCUGAAAAUCCUUCUGAAGGACACAUCCAAGUUAGGUAUGAUGUCAUGGAAUUGCCCAUUACCUUACCUUUUCAUAAGCCUCCAGCAGACAAACCAAACCCGAAACAAGGAAUUGGUCUCAUGUCGUGGAGCAACGAUAGUCAGUACAUUUGCACUCGCAACGAUAGCAUCCCCACCGUUCUCUGGAUAUGGGACAUGCGACUUCUUGAGCUCGCUGCCAUCUUGGUCCAAAAAGACCCCAUCCGAGCAGCAGUGUGGGACCCAUCGUCCACGCGACUCGUUUUGUGCACCGGAAGCUCUCACUUGUACAUGUGGACCCCAUCAGGUGCUUACUGUGUGAAUGUUCCGCUACCACAGUUUACGAUAAGUGAUCUGAAAUGGAAUUCAGAUGGUAGCUGUCUUCUCCUCAAGGAAAAGGAGUCAUUCUGUUGUGCUGCUGUUCCAAUACUUUCGGAAUCUAGUCAUGAUUAUAGUAGCUCAGAUGAUUGAAAGGAGGAAUGUAUUUUAAUUGUAGGCUAAGCUAGUUUGCAGAAAAAUGGAAAAAUAUACAGUAUUGCAGAUUGUUUUUGAUAUUUUAAGAAAGAGGUUCCUUGUAGAUCUCUCCUGUGGUGAGAAUUAUUAUUUGGCAGCUCAUUUUAUAA